AUGCAAGGGUCACACCCAAACGAUACCGCCCUUUGCAAUAUUCUGGCACUCAUGGGCGAUGAUGCCUCGCUGCUCAACUUCCUACCUCUCGGUGAAGUAGAAUUGAUACCUCUAGAAAGCAACACAAAGCUUGUUGCCGUAGUGCCGUACCGCAUGCACUUCGGCCUCAUUAACAACGGCGGAGCCAAGAAGGUGCCAGUGGGAAUCAUGGUAUACAACGGCCUUAUCCCUACAAUACUCGACGUACGCUGGGCACGGUUCUCGCAGUCCGGACAAUUACAGUCCAACACCAGCAUCUCGAAGGUGGCGCAAAAUGCGGAACCUGGAGCUGCGUUUCGGUGCCUUAGACAGAAGACUGGUAUGAGCACGAAGCAUUUGAGGGCUCUAGUGAGGUACUACUUCAUCGCCAAGAAGGUCAACCUCCCGUCAGUAUGGCCAGUGGACGAGCCGUUCGUCAAGGACCUCACUUCGGCUUGCAGGCUUGCGAAAGCGAACUUGGACAAAGAUGCAGGCCGCCUUGCCAGCCAACGGAUGAGUUCGCAACGUAGCGUGGAACCGCCCGGUUACAAGAAGAAGAAUGUUGCGAAGGUUUACGAAAGUCUAAAUCCCCAGCUGGAUCAGAUUCAGACACGUGCCAUGUCUGAAGAUGAUAUCGUACCUCCCAUUAAUAUCAAGAGCAGCGAGUUCGACUUUGAGGAUGAUGGUCCUGAGAUACCUACAGUCCUACAGUCCUAUCAGCAGCACGGCUACCCUCAGCAGGGAUCAAGCAGCCAAGCAGGUCUCAGUGCAUCUACGACAGCAUCAAUGACGUUCUCGGACACUGUCAAUGCGAUGUCUGUGCCUCUGCCAAACAUUGCUAACUUGCACCAAGACAAGACCUCCCAGCCUACCACCCCCGACUCCGACCCCACCGACUUCUUCAAGACGUAUCGCCAUAUCGUCGAGGCGGAAGAUACGCACAAAGACGAGCUCAGGCACAAUAUGAUUAAGCAAGAAGAGGCGUACAACAAGAUGCUCGCGCUCAAGGCGCACUUCAAAAUCCUCCAGGAGGAAGCGGAAGGGAUCAAGUUGAAAGAAGAGCAGAACCAGGGCCAGAGGAAGAGACUGCGUGAGUCGCUGUCAGACAAAGAGCGUUCGUUCUUGGACUUCACUAUGGAGAUUGAGGGCGCGAGGGGGAAGCGGGUGAGGAGGAGUGAGGAGGAGUGA